AUGGAAGGAUCAUACCAAAGAGGAGGAAGUCAGUUCCGGAGAGCCAACAUUGUUUACUUCCUUAGCCGUAACGGAACGGUCGAGCCUCCCCAUCUUAUUAGAGUCCGUCAUUUCCACGAUAACGGAGUUCAUCUUCGCGAUGUGAAGAGAUGGCUUGCGGAAUUGAGAGGGAAGGACAUGCCUGAUUCUUUCUCUUGGUCUUACAAAAGGAAAUACAAGAGUCUAUACGUGUGGCAAGAUUUGAAAGAUGGUGAUCUGAUUACUCCCAUAGCUGAUAAUGAAUACGUUCUAAAGGGCUCACUCCUCCAUUUUCAUUCUAUUGACGGGUUUCCUCACGACGAUAUCGAAAACAUCGUGACUGCGUCGAAAAGGACCAUAGAAAAAGCAGUGACGGAACAUCAGCUGGCAUCAGAACUAGAGCUAGAGCCUGAAGCUAUACAGAUCGAACAAGCCGACGAGGUGUCACCGAAACCGCCACCUGAGAUGGAAUGCGGAUCUCUGAUGAAGUUGAACAUCGACCGUAGGAUGACUGCGUUCGACAUGAAGGCUUCGGCCAAGAAACAAGAAGGGGAGCGGCAGAAUCAGACGUUCAAGAGGAGCUACUCCAGCCGCGCAUCUCACGUGUUCCGCAACAUCCUCACGUGCGGUUCGGCCGACGCGAGGGACUCGGUCCUUGUACCGACCAGCCGGUCCGGUGACCAUGGGACCCACAAGAGGAGAUCCACCGGUGGCGAUGUGCCACGUCAGCAGACACACCAGCGGAAGAGCUCUGACGAAGACAGUUCGAGGAAGAGCCAGAGGAGUAGUGGCAGGAGGAUUGGGGGAUCGGCGAGUUACAAGACUUUAGGGGCACCCAAUUGUUCGCAAUGUGGGAGAUCUUUUGAUCCAGAGAAGUUUCACUCACACAUGCAAUCAUGUAAAGCUCUGAGAGGCCGAGGGAAGGGGAGGGCGAGCUCCGACAGGAGGCCGCUCAGACGAGAGUCUCGAUGUCAGAGCGAGGAUUUUUCGAGGGACUCAUUAUCAGGCUACCUGACGUAAAGAUUGAUGUCAUUCUUGUUGAGCAAUGUGUUAUUGUUUCAAAUGUUUGUAACUAGAAAGCGUUUCAACUUGUUCAUUUUGUUUCUUCUCUGUAGUUAUUUGUUAGUACUUAGUUCAUGUCAUUCUAUAGUUUCUAUUGCAAGCAAAAAGUGAAAACAUGAAAAU